AUGGUGUCACUGCAGACCAGAGGCAACGUCCAUGGAUGCGGUGGAGUGCUCGUUGAUCCCCAAUGGGUGUUGACAGCAGCCCAUUGUGUUGAUCCUCACGAACCUUCUUCACUGGGAGGGACACCCACCAUUGUUAUUGGGGCAUGUAAUCUUGAGGACACUGAAAAUGAGAAUGGUGUUGUUGAGAAAAUGCUGCCGAGCGACACUAUAAUUCAUGAAGAUUGGACUGGAGAACUCAAAGACGGAAAUGACAUUGCAUUGUUGAGGUUGAAGACUGCAUCCAGGCAUAUCCCUGGUGGUCUUGCCACAGCCAUCCACUCCCUCUUGGGGGCAGAGCAGCUCUUGGCACUGGGUUGGGGAAAGCAAGAAAAUGGCACCACUGGAGACAGAAAACAACUCCAGCAAGCCACGUCUAUUGAUUAUCUCCAGAACAAAUUCUGCAACUCCAGCGAAGCUUGGAAUGGCCUCAUACAGAGCACGAUGCUCUGUGCCUUCAGUUUCAAUGGCGAAGAUGUCUGCAAAGGUGACAGUGGAGGGCCUUUGCUGCAAGCGGAUGCACCUGGUCUUGACGCCUCCAGGGGUGAACCUGGGCUGGACAUUGUCGUCGGCAUCGCAUCAUUUGGCGAAUUGACGUGUGGAGAGUCUCGAAAUCCCGACGUUUUUACGAGGCUCAGUAGUUUUCGUCCGUGGAUUGACAACAAGAUAACUGGUACCCAGUCUUCCAAUGCAAGCCCUUUUCCAUUGCCAUCGCCACCACCUGAAUCUGGUGAAAUCAACCCAGAAGCCUCACCACCUUCCCCAAGAACGCCGCCGCCAUCACAAGCACCGGGGCUGCCACCGCCGUCGCCGCCAUCACAAGCACCGAGGCUGCCAACGCCGUCGCCGCCAUCACAAGCACCUAGGCUUCCAACGACGCAGUCACCUUCACCAUCUUCGGAUGCUCCUCUUUUGCCGGCAGAAGAACAAUCAGCACUCGAUAAGGAGCUCCUGGAGUUGGCAAAUUCUGGAGAAAGUGCCGAGGUAGAGACUCUGGCGAUAGAACUGCUUUCAAAAGGAGCCAACCUAAGCGCAAGGUCAUCUUGCGGAAUACCGACAAUACCUGACUUCGACAAUUCUACUGUCCUUCAUUGCGCUGCUGCUUUCGAUAACCUGGUUGUUACAAGGGUAUUGGUCGAAGCAGGUGCUGACGUGGACGCUCAGGCCAGGCAUGGGACACCUCUGCACUACGCAGCCGCAAGAAACAGCAAGCGUGUUGCAGUAUUCCUAAUAGAGCAAGGAGCAGACGUGGGGGCUGUUGACAGUAAUGAUGGAGAGCAGCCUCUCCAUGAUGCUUCGGAAUAUGGCAGUGUAGAUAUUGCCGUGUCUCUUGUCAUGGCGGGUGCGGACAAACAGGCCAAGGACAUACGUGGCAGAACCCCGAAAGAUCGCAUUUGCGUGUUUUCGACCGUUGAUGGUGUUGGGUGUACAGCAGAAGAAGAGAGUGCACUGAAGGAACUGCUGACGUAA